AAAGUCACCGCUCCUCUUCCUUCGAGCCAAACCUACCGCGAGGCAGGCGCGGACGAGCAGCGGCGGUAAAACGAAACCACCGAGGCUCGUACGCGUGCGCACGCAGAUGAUUAAUAAGUAAAAUCCGGCCGCCAGUAACCGGACGCCGCGGCUGAUCCGGGCUCGGGGCUCAACGCAGGACGCCGGCCCAUGUGUCGUUCCCGAAGGCCAGUUUUAUAGGCUGCAGCGCUCGUGAGGCAACUCCGCACAGUGGAAGCCAUCAAUUCAAUUGGUGGAACCGGGAGCAGAGCCCCGGCCUUUUCCACUGCAGGAGGAGCGGAGCUGGAGGAAACGGAGAGGGACGCUGCUGCCAAGACAGCAGCAGCAGCGGCAGGAAGACAGCGGCGCAGCCUCCUCCCGCGCGGCAUGAGGGACUUCAGCCAAACUGCGCACUGACUGCGCACGGACUGCGCAGGAUGCAACGCCGCUCAAGCUGCGCACUUUACUGAAGCACGAGCGUGUCCCGAACCCCGUGCGUGGAUUUGACAGAAGCUGGGCCGCCGGUCUCCGUCCACAGCUGCGACAUUUGGCUUCCCCACUGAGCGCCCCCCCCCCCCUCCCUCCGGAGGGCGCAGCUCGUGGCCUCGUAGCGGACAUGGGAAAUGUAAACAUUAGUCGGGCUGGAUUUUAAACCACGCACGCAUCCCACGUCCUCCUCCUGCCGUCUCCUCCUCCCGGGGCGUCCGAGAUGGAGACGGAGAAGCUCGAGCCGGAGCAGGAAGGAGACGCAGAGCCGCCCAUGCACAGCGUCCACGGACCCAACCGGAUCCGGCCGUCCUCCUACCGUGCGCUGCGCAGCGCCGUGUCCAGCCUGGCGCGACUAGAUGACUUCAACUGCGAGAAGAUCGGCGCCGGGUUCUUCUCCGAGGUGUUCAAGGUGCAGCAUCGGGUGUCUGGCCAGGUGAUGGCUCUGAAGAUGAACAUCCUGGCCAGCAACCGAGCCAACAUGCUCAGGGAGGUGCAGCUCAUGAACAGGCUGUCCCACCCCAACAUACUCAGGUUUAUCGGCGUGUGUGUCCACGAGGGGCAGCUCCACGCUCUCACAGAGUACAUCAACGGUGGAAACCUGGAGCAGCUGCUGGGCAGCGACGUGUACCUGCCGUGGAGCCUGCGGCUCAGCCUGGCGCUGGACAUCGCCCGCGGACUCCAGUAUCUGCACAGCAAGGGCAUCUUCCACAGGGACCUGACCUCCAAGAACUGCUUGGUGCGCUGGGAGGGCUGCGCGUGCUCCGCCGUGGUGGGAGACUUUGGCCUGGCCGAGAAAAUCCCAGAUUACAGUGAGGAAGAGGACCAGGAGCCCCUCGCUGUAGUCGGCUCCCCCUACUGGAUGGCUCCAGAAGUGCUCCGAGGAGAGGUGUAUAAUGAGAAGGUGGACGUGUUUGCAUAUGGGAUCAUCCUGUGUGAGAUCAUCGCAAGGAUACAGGCCGAUCCCGACAUCCUGCCACGCACUGAGGACUUUGGUCUGGACGUGGAGGCUUUUAAGCAGAUGGUGGGAGACUGUCCACCUGAGUUCCUGCAGCUCGCCAUCGCCUGCUGUAACAUGAAUGCAACGCUCCGACCAUCCUUUUCCCAAAUUGUAGCACAGCUGGAGACGAGACAGGCCGAGCGCAAGCCGAAGGACCGCACUGCCGUCAGAGCCGCUCCUCCGGCAGUCUGCCCUCUGAGACGCAGGUCCGUCUGCCUGCCAUCGGAUCACUGCUUCCUCCGCGGCGGAUCCGACGGGCUGCGCUUCCAGGACGCGGCGCCGGCCUCCGCCGCCUUGGCGGCCCCGGCGCGGGUCAACCCCUUCUCUCAGAGGGAGGACCUCAAAGGCGGCAAGAUCAAGCUGUUCGACACUCCCAGCAAGUCGGUCAUCUCCCUCACCUUCACGCUGCCGCCUCCGCCCGACUGCGACGCCGCCCCCGAGGCCGACGGCUGCCGGGCGCCGCGGCGGCACCGGCGCUGCCACUCGCUGCCCUGCACGCCGCCGCCGUACAUCACGCGCGCGCUGAUCGGUGACCUCCCAGAGGGCGAGGAGGAGAGGCGACUGUUGGGAGGGGAGAAGGAGGCGGGAGAGGAGAGCGGGAGUCAGCUGGAGGGCGACUCGGGUCUUCCUCCGUCUAUCGAGCCCUUCUCCCUGAAACUGGGCCACGAGAAGGAGGACGAGGAGCCGAUGGACUGCGCCAGCUCCCCGGACACGCAGCCCAGCGCCUCGUCUCCGUGCUCCAAACCCUCCCCUCCUCCACUCACCCCCCUCCUGUCCAACGGCUUUGGCGCCACCAACUCCAACGGGCCGCCGUCCCUGCCCCCUCUCUCGCACCUGGAGAACAACAAUGUGGUCAUGAGCCGCCCGCAGGGGUCCAGCACCCCCUACGCCAACGCCGCGGCCGCGGGAAACUCCAACGGCUACCGCUCGCCCUCCAGCGACCCCGCGGCGGCGUCGCCGUUCGGCUCGGGCAGCGGCCACUCCUUGGAGCAGGAGGAGGUGAUCUCCUGUCCCGGCUGCUGCCUUGCCGGGCUGCGCUUCCCCUCUCUGUGUCUCAGAGCCCCGCCCCGCAGGAACCCCUACAAGAACCUGAACCGGGACCACGGCGCCUCGCGCGGCCUGCUCUGCCCGGGGCCCAAAGGCCUGCCGCCGUCCCCCACCCCCACCGCCACCGCCAGCCCGGAACCCGCACUGGCCCUGCCAGGGCCGCAGACAUAAGCCUUGGCUUGUCAACACCAAAUACACACUGAAAGACCCGAGUGGGAAACUCUGCACCAAAGACCCGCCCUGGAAGCAAAGUGGGUCUCCUCAGAAUUUGCACAGAUGUUAAUGCAGCAAUACCCUGCUUCGCUUCCAGACGCUCUCUGGUGCAGAGGGUGUCGUGCAGCCUGCUCCUGCAGCAGCCCUGACUCUGAACGCUGGGGAGCUCUUUGUGUGUGUCGCCCUCUGCUGGGCAGAUGGACUCACACCUUCAGAUGCCUGCGUAGGGCUGACUGAUGUGCAGCAUCCAGGACGAUCAGCAUGCCAACACUCCGGUUUGGGGCCCAGUGGGAUCCUGUACAUUCGCAGAUGUAAAGAUUCUUAUGACUGAUGAUGCUGAAUGAGGAAUGUUAAGCUUAGUAUUACUGUUGCAAUCAUUUUUGAUGUUUGGUGCUGUUUCUGAAUGAACAGGCAGUUCUGCUUUAAUGUCUUUAAUUAUUACGGUGUAUGGUUCACUGCUCAGGUGUGUGUGUGUGUGUGUGUGUGUGUGUGAGUGUGAGAAAUGCGUGUGUGCGUGUGCUGUACACGGUUCUUAGGAACGUUUUUGUUGCUGUAUGGUCUCUUGGCCCUUCUGGUCGCCUCGUGAAGCACUUCAGCUGAUUUACGGUUGCUAAUAAGGAACCUAUUGAUAUCAUUAUUACUUUUUGCGAAUGAAUGGUCAUAGACCUGCUUAAGAGAUGUACAGAUUCUUAUUUAAUGAUGGCAUUGAAUAAAAAGAGAGAAUGCAG